CGUGUAACUCUCUUUCGACAGGGGGCAGUGGUUUCUCUUCGGGUUGCCCCGGACAACACGCCACAACAGGAGCCGUUCCAUCAUGUCUAUUUCUGUGGCAAAAGAGGGGAAAAAGAGGAGAUGUACAGUGGUGCUGAGGCCCUGCAAACGCAGCAGCAGUCUGCUCGGCUCGUCCAGCAGACGGAGUUUUACUUUUGGCGGCGUCAAAACUGUGGACAGGGCGGCGGGCCCUACCUCGAGACAAGCUGUUCGGGUGUUUGAUGAGGAAAACAAUGAUGUGACCCCUCAGCCCCUGUGUCAGGCAGAUCUUGGAGCAGAGCAAGUCAGCAGGUUCUUGGUAGAUGAACUCUCUGGAGGAUCAGCAUCAGACCAGACAAUGUUCACUGGGAGCUUCACUAUGCCUUUUUCAAGGUCGGUAUUGGGCAGCAGCAGAAUAUCCAGCCAGUCAACCAUAGAGUCUGUGAAUGAGGAAAUGGAGGAAACAUUUUCCAGAUGUGAUCUGCCCUUCAGCUUCCCAGAUGAAAAGUGGAAAAAAGACUUUGUGAAAGAACAAGUGACACAAGCUCUACUGAAAGUCAUUGAAAACAUUUUAAUUACAGAGACAGACACCAUUUCUCUGCUGGACAUACCCCCUGCUUCUGUGUCAGUGGAGGCUGAUGAUGCAAAAGUCAUAAUAGAGAGCAAUAAGCGCUAUGCUAAGGUUUACAGGAACAGAGUAACCAAUGACAAGUAUUUGGAUCGAGCCAUGCAGACAAUGAAUGGGGCGACUAAAAACAAACAGAUUCAGAACAACCUCAUUCUCACGGUGGACGCAGUCACGACAGCGUCCACCUUCGACAUGUAUGAACAUCCAGAGCAGGAAGUGAUAAUGGAUGGCCUGGAAACAAAACAGAGCAACUAUGCUGAGACUGUUGUGGGCUCUAGCAGGAAUGCAGAGCGGAGUGUGUCCCUGAUCAGCUCAGCUAGUACAGCCAUUUCUUUCUCACUGAAAGAUGUGGAAGGGUUUGGGACCAGCUUAAAUACACAGUUAGACUUGGAGCUCAUCAGAAUGUCAGAGAAAUUCCACUACUCCUUACUUGUAAUGGAGAGGAGCAUACUGCGGAACAGCUUCCAAUGCCAGCUGGCUGCAUACAGACAGCUGCCUUUGCUGGAAGACCCUGACACACCGGUGAAACAUAAGGAAGUGGAACAAAAAGGUCAUACACAGAUCUCCGGCUCUCCAGCCCUGGGAUGUCUUUGGGUUUUCAGUUGUGAGCUCAGCAGAGGGUGGAGUGUCCGUAGCAUGGCCUGGAACAAAAAGAAUCCGGACCUUCUGGCUGUAGGUUACGGUGAGACUGACUCCAUAAACCAGAAACCAGGUCUGGUGUGCUGCUGGUCCAUUAAAAACCCCAUGUGGCCUGAGCGAAUCAUUCACUGUGAUAGCACAGUUACUACUUUGGAUUUCUCAGCCAACAACCCUGGUCAACUGGCUGUGGGGAUGUGUGACGGCAGCAUUUCUAUUUACAGCGUGCAGAAUGGAGAUAACAAGUCACCGUUCAUCAGCAGCCGUGAAUGCGCCAAAAGACACCUUGGGCCUGUGUGGCAACUCAGGUGGAACCAGCAAGAGCUGAGCUUCACUGGAGAGGAGAAGGUUGAAGCUCUUUUCUCUGUGGGGGCAGACGGCAGGAUCUGCAAGUGGUUUGUCAUUAAUGGUGGCCUUGACUGUACAGAAUUGAUGAAGCUCAAGAGGAUUAAUAAUACCCAGAGAAUGGCAGAACAGAACAAGCAAGAGAAGACAGCAGAAUGCGUGUUGUCUGCACUCACUCCUGGUCUUUGCUUUGACUUUCAUCCAACUGACUCCAGCAUCUACUUAACUGGUACCUUUGAAGGUAACAUCCACAAGUGUUCAUGCUCCAACAGUCACCAGUUUCUGGAAACCUACAAGAAACAUUUUUGUCCUGUGAACUGCAUCACAUGGUGUCCUCAUCAUCCUGAUGUGUUCCUGAGUUGCUCUUCUGACUCCACCAUCCAGCUCUGGAAGCAGGAUUGCCUGAGUCCUUUGUUAAGCUUUACCUCCAACCAUGGGGCAGUGCGUGAACUCAGGUGGUCUCCAAAGCAGGCCACAGUAUUCGGUGCUGUUAACGAUGGGCAGAUUGAGAUCUGGGACCUGAAUUCCAGCUUUUUGGACCCAGUGAUUGUGCAGCCUGCUGCUCCUGGACUGAAGAUCACGUCCCUUCUGUUUGCGUCACUUACAGACUGUGUUGUGGUAGGAGACAGUUGUGGCCAGGUGACGGUGUACCAGCUGCACAACCUCCCUGUUGGAGGCCAGGGAGAUCUUCUGAAGGUCCUCCACUGCUCUGCAUCUUCUAAAGAACUUUAAGAAACAUUGAUUUGUUGGAACUGGAGCACCACGUGAUGCAUCUCUAGUCUAAAUUUGUCUACAGUUCUUCAGCCAGAAAGUAAAACAAAGUAAUAAUUUAACUUAACAAGCUGCUGACUUGCUUGAAUUUUAACAAAGUCAGUUUCUGGUUUCUUCUGAUGGAAGUCACAGCCACACACACUCAGGCUGCAACAGCUUCGUAGCUGUUCAGAUUCAAAUGUUUUAUAAAUUUUAAUUAUUUUAUUACAAUAAUUAACAUCAUAUUGUUUAUGAUUCCAAUCUCUGAUUGAUUGGUGCAUCUAUAGUUGUUAAAAUUAUUUUAAACUGGCAUGAGGAAAAACAUUUUGUACAGUCUUCAUAGAAACUCAGUUUUGGUUAGCACACUGAUAUAAAUUACAUUUUUGAUAAAAAUGUUUAAUAUGAAGUGAGGCAGCAAUCCUAAGCCUGGUUAUAUUGGAUGUUUCUUCCUAAUGAAAGGAAGUUGUUUCUCUCCACUGUUGCCCUGGGAAACGAUAGAAGGCAGGAUUCAGAAAGACCUGCUGACACAGACAUCUUAAAAACUUGCACUUUGUGAUCAGCUCAGUCUGACUGUUUUGUAUUAGAAUUGGACUGAAUGUUAUAAAACACUUUUUGACAGCA